GCAACGACCUUUUAUCCCAACAUGAAAAUUGUUCUGGUCCUCGCUGCCCUUGUGGCCGUUUCUGUAGCCGCACCCCAAGGAUUUGUAUCCACGCCAAUUCCGGUGCUCCAAUUCGACGACAGCCGCGACGAGUUCGGACAAUUUGCAUUGACCUACCGAACUGGAAAUGGAAUCUCCGUAACGCGUGAGGGAUCGUUGAAGGCGACUGCUGACGGAAAAGACCACGUCCUGAUCCAAUCCGGAUCCCAAACUUACGAGAGCCCUAACGGAGAAAAGAUCACGGAGACCUGGACCGCCGAUGAAAAUGGAUACAUAGUCGAGGGUGAUCACAUCCCCAAAGCCUCGAAUGCGUAAUUUUUUCAACUUGACGACAUUUGAUAACCAGAGACCAGAGCGGAUAGUUUUCGGUAAUUUGAGAGAAGGCUAGAGCAAGGGAGGCUCUGACCAAACAUCAUCAACGGUUGUCGACAAGCGGCCGAGAAGUUUUGGGUAAAAAUGAUUCCAUUCGAGGU